AUGCACGCAAUUUCAGAGCAUGUGUCCGGUAUCAACUUCCCACCUCCGGCCCCGGAGCGGCGCAUACCGUGCCCUCACUGUCCCAUGACCUUCGUGAACGAGCAAGGACUUGGGAUCCACAUGAAAACACAGCACAGCAAUGCAAACAUGCCCAACGGCUUGCGGCUGCAGCGGAUGCUAGUGAAGACUCCCAAAGGGUAUGUUCAGCCGUGGGGAGAAGCCGGGCAUGGACGUUGUUGGCACGUGAAGGUCGAUGGUGCGACGGGGGCGGCUUCGUUCGUCCUCCAACGGAAGCGCUUCCGCGAUCUCGACUUGGAAAGCGACGGCUUUACGGACCGCAAAGUCAAGGAGACUCGUGGAGCUGUGAAACGCAAGCGAUACGAUUUCAGGUUCAAAGCCCAUGUUGUGACCCAGCUGCGCCUCCUCCAGGAAGACGCCGCGGACCUCUUCAAGGAGGAGCAGCUCACGCCUCUCCAGUACUUAGAGGACCGUCUCAAGCAGCCAAAGCGGUGGUUUCCUGAGGAAGAGAAGAAGCUGUACAAUAUGUUCUUGGCGCGGCGGAGGAGGAAGCUGAAGGUGUCGACCCUGUGGCUGACGGUCACGUUCCGGAAGCUCGUGCAAGAGAAUCACCCUGAGGACCAACGGGCGGCGGCGUUCAGCGCGUCCUUCAGGUGGGCACGAAAAUGGGCAAAGAGGCAUAAGCUGUCCAAACGGCGCAGGAGCAACCUCAAGAACAAGUCUGUUGAAGAGCGCCUACCAAAGAUCCAGCGCUUCCACCGGCGGUUUCGCAAGCUCCUGCAAGAGCCGGUACGGUACAGGGCACCCGAGGCAUCGGACGUGUCGGCGAUGUCGACGGUCGCGGAGGGAGAGUCCAGAGAUCCCAAGUACGGUCAGUUCCAGCUCUGGGAGCGUUGGAAUGUGGAUCAAGUGCCUUUGCCAUUCGUGAACAGACUGAUCAGCACGUGAGAGAAGACAGGCGCGUUGCGUG